AAAACGAGGCCUAAAAGCGACUUGUCUUGGAACAAAUGGGGGGAAAGUACGGACUAGGGUUCGCUGCAAAAGAUUUUGCAUUACAAUGUACAUUGUCAAGACAUACAUCGCAUCGCAUGUCAGCCAUUGGGAAAGGGUCCAUAUGAAGUACGGGGCGUGGUCUUCACAGUCUUAGGACCUACAUAGUCAAUAUGGCUACGCUAGAAGCACAGGAUGACCGGACCCCACCCAAGGGCGGUGAUGGAUUACCAGCCCACGAGCAUGUACAUGGGAGGAACAUGCUCGGCGAUUCGGUGACUCAAUUCAGGAUAGACGAAGAUAAGAUUGAUGGUCCCCAGCGCUACAAGAAGCCGGCCAAAAAAGCACCCCCUACCUACUGCAAAAAGAACGACGAGCAUAUUAUCCAUCCACCCCCCAACACAGGACAACAGGCGUCCGAGAUUUUGGAUUCGAGACAUAUAGGUCAUGGGAAGUGGGCUGACGAAGAGAUCUCGGUGGGCCGGGUGACUCCUUCGGUGGCUCAAAAAUGUGUCCCGGCGACUCCGUUUCCAGGUGGUGUAGAAAUUGAGGCAAACGCCUCCUCCCUCUUUGAGUCUGUCACGUUACUUCGGACACCAGAAAGAAACCUCGGCGAAGGGGGGUAAAGAGGUGGGACUAUGAUCACGUAAGGAGUCCCGGGAGGAUCGACGAGCCGGACGGACGCGUGUACGGAUAGGAACGAACGUCGCAGGGCCGGUAGCAAAGGGAUAAGGGGUGACGAGUUUGUUUCACUACUUUAUUUUGUGGCAGAUUGUAAAGGGGGC